AUGAGGAAACAAGGAAAACUAAACUUACAAAAACACCAAAAGCUUGGCAUGCCAGCACUACAUGCAUUGUAUUUUCCAAAUGCAAAUUUUCAAGGUAAACCUUGUGCACUGUAGGUUCAGAAUUUGUUGGGGACAUAAAUGUGAUAACUGCUUCUAGUUCAACUUGCAGUAAACAAUAGCGGUAGCAAAACUCCAGUCCGAGUAGCGCAGAGUCUGAUUGCAUCACAAUAUUAUGAUGUUUCAUGGAGCACUAAAAAUUUUCCAUUCAUAACAAACUGGGCCGAGUGAACUUUUACAAAGACUGUUUACUAGGGACAGCGAAAAAUGGCCAAUAGCUGACCCACCACCCCCAGUAAUAACCCCAGAAUAAGAAACAACUGUGGGACACAUUUCAGCUUCAGUUCCCUCCUCAUUUCUCAAUUGGUAUGAACAACUGGCAAUGAUUAUAGGCUAAACUAAAUCCAGAGAUGCAAAUAUCCAAACUCUGUGUAAGCAUGCAUAAUAUUCUAUUAAUUUCAUAUUUUUAUUUCUAACAUAAAACUCUUAAACUUUGUUAUACUUUGAAGCCCACAGAGCAUUGGCUGAUGUGCAAGCAAUGAGAGAUGUAUUGUUUUGCACAGACCUGAAGCAUAUAAUUCCCUUCUACGAACCUCUCCUGAGGACUGCUCAAGAGCAAAAGAAAAAAUUUAAAGCCAUGGUACAAACAAGAGAAAAGAGCAAAACCCUUCUCCUCAAAUUAGGAAGUACUGUGUCCGGGGGCAUGGCUCGCAAAGUUGCUAGCCAGGGAUUCUCAUUUGGAGAUUUACAAAACCUAAGAAUUAGAUUUCAAGGGCAGGAGCAAUUUGUCCACUUUCUUAGAGCUAAAGGCCUUUCUCUAGUGUGUUGUCGAAAGCUAGCUGGGUACUUUUAUGGGCAGUAA